AUGAAUUUAGAUUAGCAAGAGCCUGAGUAGGAGCAAGUAACAUGUCUGUCCAAGAACUGUUUAAAAGACAUAAUUUAAAAUAGUCAUCCAUCCCUUGAAAGCAAAUUUGUUUUGCAGGUGCUUAAUUUAAAAGAUGUUGAGGAGUCCAAAAAAGAAAGAAGAGUAGAUUUAGGCAUCAAUAUAUAAAUGAAUUCACAAGAUGAAACGAUGAAUGUGCUAAUUUUAACAAAGCCACCAAUUGUAAUUUUCAAAGAGCUAAAAACUAAAAUUGGACUACCAAAAGACUUUGAUCAAAACUUAAAAGAUGGGUUUAAGAAUGAAAAAUUAGCAAUUGAAGUUGAUAUUCCCAAGCAUAUCAUUUAGCUUAAUAAGGGCGAAAAACAAAAAAUUGAAACUUAGUUAUUUAACAUGCAAGAAUUUGAGUGCGCCUUUGAGAAAGAAAUUGAGGAAAACUAAAUGAAAUAGUGUGCUAAAACAGAUGACAGCUCUCCGACUUAAAGCACUAGCUGUUUAAGCAGUCCUGCUAAAAGCGAUAUGACAGAUACAUCAGCAUAACCUAAGGAAAAAAUCCAGAUUAAAAUUCAGCAAAAUUACAUGCCCAUAAAAGCUCUCACUUCCUUUAAUUAUGAAUGGACUAUAAAAGCCAGAGUAAUAAAAAAGCAUGAAACUAAAACGUGGAAAAAUAAAAGAUCUGAAGGAUAGCUAUUGAAUAUUGAUCUAAUGGAUAGUUAUGGAACUCAAAUUUAAUCUACAUUUUUUAGAGAAGCAUUAAGAAAAUAUGGAAGUAUGAUAGAGGAAAGAAAAGUUUACUUAUUUUCGAAUGGGCAGGUCAAGAUAUCAAACUAAAAAUUUACUUCAAUUAAGAAUGAUUUCUGCUUGGUCUUUGAUAAGCAUGCUGAUAUAGUUGAAGUCCCAGAUGAUGAUUCCAUUGAUGAAAAUGGAUAUAGUUUUGUAGGAAUAAAUGAAAUUUAGAAACUCGACAAAUCUAUAAAAAAAGUUAUAGAUAUAAUUGGAGUAUUGAUCAAUUCAGGGUAAAUAACAGAGGUUACGACUAAAAAUGGCUAAAUUAAAGAGAAAAGACUGAUAACUAUAGCUGACGAUACAAAUCUUGCUAUUCAAGUUUGCUUUUGGGCUGAAAUGGUUCAUAAAUUUGAUGAUAUCUCAGGAAACCCUGUAAUAGCGCUAAAAUCAGUAAGAGUUGUCGACUUUGUUGGCAACUAGCUAUAAAGUGGAUUUAUUAAAAACCUUAAUAAAUACUCACCAAAAGAAUCACCAAUUAAAUAAAUAUCAGACUAGAUAAAAAAUGAUGAAAAGUCUUUGUAUUUAGCAUGUCCUGAGGAUAACUGUCGGAAGAAGGUAGUUGAAAUACCUGAUAAUAACUUUAGAUGUGACUCAUGCAAUAAAAUCUUUGAUACCUGCGUACCAACUUAUAUGCUUCUAGUAAAACUUCAAGACUAAUCUGAGUCAGUUUAUGUUAACUUCUAUAGAGAGCAGGGUUUUUAAAUUAUGAAUUAAACAGCAGAUGCAAUAAAUAAUCUUCAAAGAGAGAAUAGACAUGAUCUUGUUAAUGAAGCAUUUUUCGAUGCCUAAUUCAAAAAUUACUAGAUUUAAAUUAAAGCUAAACGAAAUAGAAAAGGAGAGAAUUCAAGAUUGAGUUACUAUGCAACUAAGAUUCUGAAUCAUUCAUUCAACUAAGAAAACUUGGAGCUCUUAAAAAGAUUGGAUAUUUAUGGUAAAUUGAUUAAGAUUGAUGAGGAUUAGAAAAAUUAGCAGUAGCUAUAACAAAUUCAAGAACAGAAUUAAUUAAAUAUGCAAGCAGAAAUCGCUGUAAAUAAUUGA